GCAGGAAGUGUCUGUCGACAUCGGCCAUUUUGGUAAUUGGCCGCGUACUCUACAAACUCUUCUUCCUCAUCUAUUCCGAACUUUGACAGUUCAUUGGUGGUCAUUGUUUUCAUCAUCAUGGAGACAUCCACUAUUAAAAUGCUGGGAUGUUGAUCAAGUGUUCAGAAUCAGUCGUUAAACAACAAGAUCUACUAGUACUGGCAAAAUUGACUGGAAUCUAUCGAGUUCACAAAUCACAUUUGUUGGCCUACGGUCAUGACGGUAUAUACAGUUGCAUUGACCAUGCUGGCUAGAAGAACCUCGUAACCGGUCGUUCGUAGACGUAUGAUGAGUGCUGACUGGGAAGAAUGAUCAGAUAAUAUUCUGCAGGUCAUACAGGCAAAAAUCACCAAGUACCAUGACGGAGACCUUAACAGAGGAAAAACUCAUCGACCUAGCAGAGGCUGUGGGUGACCAUAAGAAUGUAUUGAAGUUCGGGUUGAAACUGGGAUUCAAGAAGUCCGAAGUCAGUACAUACAUCAGUACAAAUAGACGAAAUGACAGUUUCGAAGGAACCACCUCCAUGCUCUUCGACUGGAAAAGAAAGACACGGAGAGCAAACCAAAUACCUGAUAUCAUCAAGGCACUUGAAGACGCUGGAUUUGCGGAAUUAGUAGAUGUUUUCUUCCCAUCUGUAGGGGAUGUCUCACAAGAAACUGCAUCUUCAAGAGCAUCAACUUCAACAGGAGCAGCAGACAUGUCAGUGCCACCACAUACCGUCAGUGAGGAAGAACUUCUGAAGUUGUCAAUGGAAAUUGGACCUACUUACUACAAGAGAGUGGGCGUUAACCUGAAUAUCUCGUUUGUGACUCUUGAGAAAAUAAAGAAAGACACACAAGAUACUACUGAUGCUUUGAUGACAGUAUUCACAAGAUGGAGGGAUAAACAUCUUCCAGACACAAACAUCAGGGCUCAUCUUGCAGAGGCUUUACAAAAGAGUGGUCUAGUGUCGCUGUCUCAGAAACUGAUUACUGGAAAUCUAUUGACAGAGUCGACAGGUGCACCUGUGACAAUUCCAGAGACCAAACCACUUGACCCUGACCUGAUUAAGAGAUGUAAAGAUGAGCUCCAAUUCAAGUACAGGACUGAUUUCUGUAUGAUAAGAGCUGAUCCACUAGAUCCUGAUUCUAUUGUGCCAUUCCAAGAUAUGUACACAAACCUUUUCUUGGAAAAAGAAAAACGAAGGAAAAGGAGUCAACAUGGUGUUUACUGUAAAACCUUUCAAUAUAGGAGUCAACUUGAGUAUAAGGAUCUCUUUAAUCUCAAAGUCAACGGCAUCUUCCCCAAACGGAUAAUGAUCCAAGGCGAGGCAGGGGCUGGAAAGACCACAUUCUUGGCUAAGAUUGCAUGGGACUGGAUAAACGAUAGUCCAGAUCUCUCAAAGUUUGUGUGGGUACUCAUUAUCCCUCUGCGUGAAGCCAAGCGAUACACAAUUGGUCAGAUUGUUAAGUCAUAUCUUUCAAGAGACAACCCAGCAACAGCCUGUCAGAUCACAAAUUACAUCCGUUCAAAUCCAGAAAAGGUAUUCAUUGCCUGUGAUGGAUUAGAUGAGCUUAGUGGCAAGGUUGUACAGCAUACUGAAACCAAGCAAGGUUCAGAAGGUGCUCAGUCAGAGUCAAAUGAUCAAACUGACAGGAAAUCAGAAUCCCAAAUGAGCAAUAAGAGAGAGCAAAAUUUUGAUCAAGGCACAAACAGAAAAAAAUCAAGAUUAGAGGAGAGCAAACAACCACAGGUAAAGCAGCAUUUUCCUUCAGGUACAUCAAGAUCUGCUGAUCAAACCAUAGUAGGAUCAGAAACAAGUCCAUCAAGUAUAUCUAUACACCAAAGAACUAAUCCCAAAUCCAAUGUAAAUUCUAUGGAGAGAGGUGAUAUCACUGUUGAAGAUAUUCUUUGCUCAGAUGAACUUUGUACUUGCCCUGUAAUGGUGACAAGCCGUCCAUGGAAGGCCAAUGAAAUAAGAUGGAAUGAUGGUUUAAGAAAUCGAUACACAUUCAUCCAUGUGGAAGGCUUUAGCAGGGAGAAUGCAAUGAUUUACAUUCGCAAUUACUUCAAAGACACUGAGGCUACAGCAGAUGAAUUCAUCAAAUUGUUUGAAAACAAUGAUAUCAUGUCAGGGAAUAUGGCACCAUAUCCUAUCUACAUUUCUAUACUCUGUCACAUGUGGAGAGAACUUGAUGACAACAAGAAAGAAGAGUUGAAGGCUUUUCAAACAUUUUCUGAAAUAUUCAGUGAAGUGUUUGAAUUCCUAAAGGUGCGUUAUGUCCAGAAAGUGAUCCAAGAUUUAAGAAGCACAUUAUUCAAUACCUAUCGCUCUGAAAUUGAAAAACUCAUGGAACCCGUUGCCAAAUUGGCAUUUACUGGACUGCAAUCUAACAACCUUAUUUUCAAUGAGGAAGAUCUUGAACAGUUCUCAGACUCUGUGAAAACAGCAUGCAAAGUAGGGGUGUUGUCACAGGAGAAUAAGCUCUCAUCCAUUCAUGAUAAGAGCAGUCCGUACCUGCAGUCAACAUUCUUCUUUUCACAUAAACUAUUCCAGGAGUACAUGGCUGCAGUCUAUCUUGCUUCUUUCUUUGAUUCAGAUUGCACUAAAUUUAAGAGGCUGAUUGAGGAAGUAGUGAUCCCUAGGAAGGAAGAGUUUAGGUAUCUUCUGUACUUCACUGUGUCACAGGACAAAAACAUUGCCAAUUAUAUCACCCAGUGUCUGCUACAACAGUACACCCAAAGCCAAGAUGAGGAGGAGAUGAAUUUCUUGGUUGAUGUAGCUUUUGAGAUUCAAGAUAAAGAUACCAACGCCAUGCUUCAAAAUUCAGUAUCAUCUCUGUCCAUCCAUGUUGUGAACACACACACUAUAGCUGGUUAUGCAUCCACUGGGAUAUAUUCAAAGGCGAUCAAUAUGAUGGUUGGUGCUAUUAGAUAUCCUAGCUACGGACCAGGUAUAUCAAAAGAGGUUGCAGUGAUGAUAUGCUCAGCACCAUCACUAAGGGAUGUUAAACUGCUUGCAAGCUUCCACCCUACCUUCUAUGAAACUCUUGCCAGAGAAGGAAGGAAAGCCGCAGUACCGGUCCAUACUCUUGAGAUUAGGAAUAAUAAGCCUCUAUCAUCAGCCUCUUCACAUCACCUAGUAGAAGCUUUAUGCUCCCUACCUAACCUGACUAACCUGACACUAUAUGCAGUUUGGGGCCAGGAGUUCUGUUCUCAUCUGAAUAAGAAGGCUUCAACCUUGAAGGUCCAUACUCUUGAGAUUAGGAAUAAUAAGCCUCUAUCAUCAGCCUCUUCACAUCACCUAGUAGAAGCUUUAUGCUUCCUACCUAACCUGACUAACCUGAUACUAUAUGGAGUUUGGGGCCAGGAGUUCUGUUCUCAUCUGAAUGAGAAGGCUUCAACCUUGAAGGUCCAUACUCUUAAGAUUUGGAAUAAUAAGCCUCUAUCAUCAGCCUCUUCACAUCACCUAGUAGAAGCUUUAUGCUCCCUACCUAACCUGACUAACCUGAUGCAGAGAGGAGUUUGUGACGAGGAGGAGUUUUGUUCUCAUCUGAAUGAGAAGGCUUCAACCUUGAAGGUCCAUACUCUUGAGAUUUUGAUUGAUGAGCCUCUAUCAUCAGCCUCUUCACAUCACCUAGUAGAAGCUUUAUGCUCCCUACCUAACCUGACUAACCUGAUACUGAGUGGAGUUUGUGACAAGGAGGAGUUCUGUUCUCAUCUGAAUAAGAAGGCUUCAACCUUGAAGGUCCAUACUCUUCAUAUUUGGAAUAAUGAGCCUCUAUCAUCAGCCUCUUCACAUCACCUAGUAGAAGCUUUAUGCUUCCUACCUAACCUGACUAACCUGACACUGAGUAGAGUUUGUGACGAGGAGUUCUGUUCUCAUCUGAAAGAGAAGGCUUCAACCUUGAAGGUCCAUACUCUUCAGAUUUGUAAUAAUAAGCCUCUAUCAUCAGCCUCUUCACAUCACCUAGUAGAAGCUUUAUGCUCCCUACCUAACCUGACUAACCUGAUACUGAUAGGAGUUUGGGGCCAGGAGGAGUUCUAUUCUCAAUUGAAUGAGAAGGCUUCAACCUUGAAGGUCCAUACUCUUCAGAUUGAUAAUUAUAAGCCUCUAUCAUCAGCCUCUUCACAUCACCUAGUUGAAGCUUUAUGCUCCCUACCUAACCUGACUAACCUGAUACUGAGAGGAGUUUGGGUCCAAGAGUUCUGUUCUCAUCUGAAUGAGAAGGCUUCAACCUUGAAGGGUUCUUUCCCUCAGAUCAGUAAAGGAAAUUUCAUGUUCAAUGGAAAGCCUCAGAAGGAUCUUCAAUCAUUCUUACAAACACUCAGUGACUACAUGUAGAUACGCAUAUGGAAACCUUUAUGAGAAGCAUUUUUCAGAAGGCAGCUCCUCUGUUGGACCCGCUUUCUAAAUAUGAGUAGUCUGCUGCUGGCGCCUCUUCCUCAGACAAAUAUUUUGAUGAAUGACAUUUCUCUGCCAUGGACUGUGUCAUGUACAUGUAUUGUCAUUAUCGAUUAUCACUAUUGAUUAUACAUGUGCGCGCAUUGAUGUAAAAAGCAUUAUGAUGUCACUGACGUCUGCACAGUACACUGCCAUAGUAACCGGUGAUGCUGGAUGAAAGCCUUGGAAUUUUUGACUAAAUAUACCACCUUGGACUUGAUUAUUUAGUGUAUGUGUUGGUGACAUAGUGCCAAGUAAUCCAUACAAACUAUUAUAACCAGUAUCCCAACCAUCUAGGUGGCUUAACCGGUUUCAUUCUGCUCUAAUUAAUAGAACAAUCUCAUAGGACUCCAUGACAGUCACUGGAUCCUACAAUGGUGUGUACAUGAACCCAUUUCAGUUUUAUCCCUGGAACAAUAUUUUUAUCAUAAAAUUACUGUGAGCUCUUUCUAUCCCAGAAUGUUUUGCAAUGAAUUUAUGAUACGAAAUGCUUUCAAACUGAUAUUCAGGCAUUUUUUGGUUAAGGAAGUAUCAUAUCUAAUGAUAUCAUGCGAUGCAUUUUUAAGAGACUCAACUUUUCAGCAUAGAAGAUUAUGCAGUUGUCACCCGUUGAUGGUUUUUUUUAUCUAUGACCGAGUAUGUGAUGUUAAAAACAUGAAUUCACCUUGUUAUGUUUAUGCAAAUUUUUUCAAAGCUAUUCCAAAUAUUUUCACAUUAUUCUUAACCAAAAACCAUGUUUCAUCUGUCAAAAUUACAUCCGUUUGAUGUGUUAUCAAGCCAAACUCUUCCAGAGGUAAUACUGUUUUAUUCUUCCUUGAAUCCUAUUAUGUUAUCUGAGGUAGAAGAUCUAACAACUAUGCUGUAGAAAAUGAGAAUGUCCUCCCUUUAAUUAUGUUUUAUUUAUCAUGUUAUGUUUAUCAUAAAGGAGAAAGUCACUCCUCCAAUUCUAGUAUGUUUAUCAUAAAGGAGAAAGUCACUCCUUAAAUUCUAGUAUGUUUAUCAUAAAGGAGAAAGUCACUCCUUUAAUUCUAGUAUGUUUAUCAAAAAGGAGAAAGUCACUCCUUAAAUUCUAGUAUGUUUAUCAUAAAGGAGAAAGUCGCUCUUUCAAUUCUAUUAUGUUUAUCAUAAAGGAGAAAGUCACUCCUUCAAUUCUAUUAUGUUUAUCAUAAAGAAGAAAGUCACUCCUUCAAUUAAAUUAUGUUUAUCAUAAAGGAGAAAGUCGCUCCUUCAAUUCUAGUAUGUUUAUCAUAAAGGAGAAAGUCACUCCUUCAAUUCUAUUAUGUUUAUCAUAAAGGAGAAAGUCACUCCUUCAAUUCUAGUAUGUUUAUCAUAAAGGAGAAAGUCACUCCUUAAAUUCUAGUAUGUUUAUCAUAAAGGAGAAAGUCACUCCUUCAAUUCUAGUAUGUUUAUC